AUGGGGGACACUUCAACUGAUGUUUCACCUCAAAGAAUGUCAACUAGAACUCGGAAUCCGGUUAACUAUACGGAACUUAACCAAGGGUGAGGAAAAAAGGGUGUAAAUUCAAGGUUUUCAAAAAUUGUGUUUUUAGUGAAGAGGCGGUGUUCCGUUCACCGAUGGCUGGAACUCGUGGUCGUAAGAAGCGUGUGGCAAAUGAUGCUGUCGCUGAUUUAUCAUCUAGUUUCGGUGGGCUCGGUUAUAACAACACCCCGCCAAAACGAGGAAGACCAAAGGGAACACCUGGAGGAGGUGGAAGUGUAAGAAGUCGACCAACUACAAGAAAAGCUGUGGAUGAUGGAGUAGCUGAAGCUGAGGAUAAAGGUCUUUAUGGAGCUGUUAAAUAUGGAAAGAAGAUCCCAGAAGCUAUUGAUCAGUGGAUUGAGAGAUAUGACCAAAAUUAUCCUCAUGCUAUCACUGAACUUCAUCAAUUUUUCAUUUCAAUCUGUGGAUGCAAAGGUAUUUUGACACCACAAAUGUCGGCAACAAUGGAAUAUGCGUAAGUUCAACUAUUAAUUCAAUACAAAAUUAUUAUUUUGUUUUUUAGUGACAUUAUUCGUCGAAUGACAGAAGACUUCGACGAAGAUUCAGUUGAUUAUCCAUUGAUUCAAAGUGGCGCGGUUUUCAAAAAGUUCCGCUUGAAUUUACACAAUUUCCUCCACACUUUGGUUGAAAAAUGCAAAUCUUCUUUAAUGUUCGAUAAUCGACUUAUGGAUAGUAUUAUCCAACUUUUAACUGGUCUCGCUGAUAGUCAAGUUCGCGCAUUCCGUCACACUUCAACUUUUGUUGCCAUGAAAAUCUCAUCAGCUCUUGUAGAUGUUGUUAUUGAUCUUGUUUCAAUCAAAGAAAGAAAUGGAAAACAAAUCGAAACCGAGAAAGCGAAGAUCAAACAAAACUCAACAGGAAACGAAAAACUCGAAGCACUGAUGACAAAGAAAAAUGAAAUUGAGGAGAAAACCGAAGAAGUUCGUCAAAUGUUGCAAUAUUUGUUCAGAAGUGUGUUUGUUCAUCGAUAUCGUGAUGGAGUUCCAGAUAUUCGAUCAAUUUGUAUUACUGAAUUGGGAAAUUGGAUGGUUGUUUAUCCAGAACAUUUCCUCGAAGAUUCAUAUCUCAAAUAUAUUGGAUGGACACUUUAUGAUAAAGUUGGCGAUGUUCGUCUGAAAUGCAUUCGUGCUCUCAUGCCACUUUUUGGAAAAUCUGGAGUCCUCGACAAACUCGAAUUAUUCACCAACAAAUUCAAAGAACGUCUUGUUUCAAUGGUUUUGGAUAAAGAUCAAGAAGUUGCGAUUGAAACUUGUCAUCUCAUGAAAUCCAUUUACACGUGAGUUUAUUUAUUCAUUUAUUAUGAUCUAACAACAAAAAAUUAACAUUUUCAGAGUUUUCCCAACAUUGCUUUCCGUUCAAGAUUGUGUUCCGGUUUAUGAGUUGAUUUAUGCGAGUAAUCGUCAAUUGGCCAUGGCUGCUGGAAUAUUUCUCAACACCAAAGUAUUCCAAACCGCCGAAAAACCAGCGAAAAUUUCAAAUCCUAAUAAUGUUCCAUUGAUCAAGGAUUUGAUUCAAUUUUUCAUCGAAGGAGAAUGUCAUGAUCAUGCAACUUAUUUGGUCGAUUCGCUAAUCGAAACAAAUCCAAUUGUGAAAGAUUGGGCAACAAUGGUUGAAAUGCUUUUGAAUGAUCAAUAUAAAUGUAUGUUUUAUUUUUCAUUUGAAUCUAUAGUUUUCAAAAAUUUUUAAAAUCUAUUUUCAGUGAAACCGGAUAUUGAAACCAGACUCAUCGAAGUUUUGGCAUGCAGUGUUCAACAAGUUGCAACUGGUGAAUGUCCAACUGGUCGGUCGAUUAUCAAAAGAGGAGCACCUUCCACAAAAGAAAGUCGCGAACAAAUGGAAGACAAAGUUCGACUCACCGAAAUUCUUAUUCCAACUCUUCCGAAUCUUAUCAUGAAAUAUAUUGCCGAUCGAGAACGAGUUGUUAAUCUUGUUUCUCUUGCAAUUCAUUUUCAAUUAGAUAUGUAUUUGGCCUCGAGAAUGCAAAAUGUGAGUGCUAAAUCUUGUUUUUAUUAUCGAAAAUUUACAAUUCACAGAAUCUCAAUGAAUUGAUGAAAGCUCUUGAAGCAGUUGUCGAAAAACAUGUUGAUGAGGAAGUUUUGCACGGCGUUGCGGAAGUUCAUUAUCAAUUAUCAGUUCAUCCAACUGUUGGACCACAAACGGAAGCCGAAAGAAUGAAGGUUUGAAUUUUCCCCUGUGUUCUCAAAAAAAAAACAAUUGAUUUCCAGCUCAUCGAUGGAAUGGCUCUGCAACUUCGCCGAUCUGCAAAUCGUGUUGAAGAAGAACAAAUCGACGAUGAAGAUGAAGCGAAUUUUGUUUGCGCAAUUCGAAGAAUCUCGGCAUUUUCGAGUUUUAUGGAUUUGAGACAAUGGGAUAUGUGGGAUUUGAUGCUUAGAAUCAUUUCGAAUUAUGAUCGAGGAGAUUCAAAACGAGAUGUUCAUGAACAAGCGAUUCUUAUGCUUUUUAUGCAACUCAAUUUUGAUUUGUUUAAUUUAUUGAAAGAAGGAGAAAGUGUUAAAGCUGUGAGUUUUUUCUCUAAUUUUUUGCAUAAACGGUCAUUUUUGCCCUCAGUCCAUCUUUAAAUUCGGAAAUCUUAUUUUAAUCAAUUGUUUUCAGGAUGCUGUCAAAAAAUUGCGUAAAAGAAGAGAUCAAUUGGUUAGAAUUCUGACUGAAACUUUGGAAACUGGAGCAUCGGGAGUCGAACAAGCUUAUUUAUCAAUGUGUGAUUUGUUGAUCAUGUUUGGCCCUCAAAUGGCACAAAAUGCGAAAUCGAAUCACAUUAAACAACUUGUUCUUCAACCAGACGAAAUUGUUAUCCGCGAAUUGACCGCUUUUCUUCAAAUUAAUGCAUUUGCUGAAUCGGAGAAUGAUUCGAAAUUGGAUCAACAAGAACAAAUUGAAUUGAUGCACAAAAAACGCAAACUUGUUGCUCAAUUCUCAAAAUUGAUUAUUCAUGGUUGUUUCCCAGUCAGCUGUUUAUUGCCAUUGGUCAGAAAUUAUGUCUCUCAUUUCACUGAUUUUGGAGAUAUUUUCAAGAAUUUGUUGUACAAAUGUCGAGAUGUUGAUUUUGUCGAAACUGCUGAAACAUUGGUUACCGCUUUGCAGGAAAUGUUUGAAGAAUUAUUGGAGACAAAGAAACAACUUGAUCCAUUGUCUGAUUCAUUCAAUGCAUUGAGAGAUUUGGCGAAAAGGUAUUUUGAGGAAAACAAUUCCAGAUUAUAUUAUUAUAUUUUCCAGAUUCGCAUCGGCUUUUGGUUCUGACUACAGUAAAAAUCGUUAUGCUGUUGCCACCAUCCAUAAAUCAGCAAUCGAUUUUGCUUUCCGAGAUUUUGACACUACACCAAAAGGAAACGAUAAACCACCGAAAAAUCUAUUCUUCUUGGAAAUCGCUAUCGAAUUCAGCUCAAAACUUCUUGCUCAAGAUAAAGCCGCUGUGUAAGUCUUUUAAUAAUCUCUUCCUGCUGUUUAUAUGUAUUAUUGUAUUUCAGUAUGCGCUACUUGAACAAAACUUAUCCCGAAGCCGCCCCCGGAAAAGGUCAAUGGGAACCGUACAAAUUGUAUAUCGCGUCACUCACUGAAAAGCGGAAUGAUUUCAACGACGACGCUUCAUCGGUUCGUAGUUUCUCAACAGUUCGUUCCGAUUCGAGCCAUCGUAGUACUCCACGCGGAAGAGGUCGUGGUAGAGGUGGAAUUCGCCGCAAUUUGGACUUUUAA